GUGUACAUAGUCGGUCACACACCACCGGGAGUAGAUGACCAUGAAAAUAGCGCUGCGGCUCUCAAUGAAAGACACAACACUAAAUAUUUACAAAUGGUGCGUCUCUACUCGGACAUCAUUCGAGGACAGUUCUUUGGUCAUUGGCAUUCGGAUACGUUCCGCGUUAUCUAUAGCGAUACGGGUCUGCCUGUAUCCUGGAUAAUGAUGGCUCCCAGUGUAACGCCAAGCACCGGUGGUGGAGGACCCAACAAUCCAGGUUUGCGACUAUACAAGUUUGAAACUAACACCGGACAGAUUUUGGAUUACACGCAGUACUAUCUUAAUCUGCCCGAAGCAAAUUCAAACGGCAAAGCAAACUGGGCGAUUGAGUACUCAUUGCUCGAGUAUUAUGAGCUGCAGGAAAUAUCAGCGAUCACUCUUCAUGAUUUGGCAGACCGAUUUACGCAAUCUAACGAUUAUGCCUUUGUCAGGUAUUUCGGUGUCCUAAUGAAAACCUUAUGUUUUCCAACUCAACCGAUCGCCGCUCGCGCCGCUAUCUUGGAAAAAUAA